GGGGCCGCCCGCGCUGCUGCCCGAGCCGCCGGCGAGCAGGAAGAAGAGCGUGAACAUGACUGAGUGCGUGCCCGUGCCCAGCUCCGAGCACGUCGCCGAGAUCGUGGGCCGGCAAGGCUGCAAAAUCAAAGCCCUGCGUGCCAAGACCAACACGUACAUCAAGACACCGGUCAGGGGUGAGGAGCCCGUGUUCAUCGUCACUGGCAGGAAGGAGGAUGUGGAGAUGGCCAAGCGGGAGAUCCUGUCAGCCGCCGAGCACUUCUCCAUGAUCCGGGCCACGCGCAACAAAGUCAACGGGCUGACAGGGGCCCUGCAGGGGCCCCCCAACCUGCCAGGCCAGACCACCAUCCAGGUGAGGGUCCCCUACCGCGUGGUGGGGCUGGUGGUGGGCCCCAAGGGAGCCACCAUUAAGCGCAUCCAGCAGCAGACACACACGUACAUCGUGACGCCCAGCCGGGACAAGGAGCCCGUGUUCGAGGUGACGGGCAUGCCCGAGAACGUGGACCGGGCGCGCGAGGAGAUCGAGGCGCACAUCACCAUGAGGACAGGCUCCUUCAUCGACGUCAACGCCGACAACGACUUCCACUCCAACGGCACCGACGUGUGCCUGGACCUGCAGGGCAGUGCGGCAGCCCCGUGGGCCAAGGCCCCGCACCCCGCCCAGCGCCCCUCGGCCGCGCUGCGCAACGACAGCCUCAGCUCCCUGGGCAGCGGCUCCACCGAGUCCUUCUACAGCGGGCGUGUGGCGGCCGCCAGCCCCACCAGCCCCUACAGCACCUUCAGCGAGCCCCCGGCCCCGCUGGGCUCCGACGAGUGCGACUUCGGCUUCGACUUCUUGGCCCUCGACCUCACCACGCCCACCACCAUCUGGUCCCCCUUCGAGCGCUCGGGCAACCCCCUGCAAGCCUUCAGCAGCUGCUCCUCCAUCAACAGCUCGCAGAGACGCAACAGCGGCCCGGCCACGCCACGCCACUCGCCCACCCUGCCCGAGAGCGGGGCGGCGGGGCUGGAGCACCCCUCGGCGCGGCGCAUCCCCAGCGACCCCACCGGUGCCCUGGCCUGGCUGCCCGCCCAGGGCUCGCUCUCCUCCUUCUCCAACAGCACCGGCUACUCCUCCUCCUCCUCGCUGCCCGGCAGCAUCUCGGCCGCCUCGGGCUCGCCCACCGACUCGAGCAGCUCGGACGGGCACCGCAAGAGCUCCCGGGAGUGCAUGGUGUGCCUGGAGAGCGAGGUGAUGGCCGCGCUGGUGCCCUGCGGCCACAACCUGUUCUGCAUGGAGUGUGCCCUGCGCAUCUGCGGCCGGGCGCAGCCGCAGUGCCCCGCGUGCCACGUGCCCGCCACCCAAGCCAUCCACAUCUUCUCCUAGCCCGGGGGCUCGCCCAGUGGUCCCCUCCUCCACCCCAACACCACGGCGUUUUGAGGACUUAUACUGUUUAAAUCAAGCUUUUUAUUUAACUACAGAUGUGAUGGGCGCACGGGGCGGGAGGGGGGAGAGGCGUUGGCGAGGAGCUGGAGAGGCGCA